AUGUCGUCAAUUCCAUGCUGGUAUGGUCAUGAAUGUCGAAAUGAAUGGUGCACGUAUUCCCAUCCAAUCGAAACAUUUACAGAUACCUCACAAACUUUUCAAUCAGCACUUGACACACCCACUUGUAAUCGGACACCAUGCAAAUUUGGACAAAAUUGUCAACGACUGAACUGUAUUUUCUCACACCCGGCAUUAAUCAAUUUUGAUAAUCAUUCAGAGCAAUAUAUUGCAUUAUCGAAUAAUGAUAGAUUUGAUACAUACUAUACAUAUUCAGAUUAUCAUUCUCAACAUCUAAAUGAUUCUAUGCGUAACAAAAUGUUUCAAACAGUGCCAGGAUCUCAGAAAGCCAUGUUUAGAGAAAACGACACAAAUAGAUCGAGAAGAAAUAUGAUUUCUCAAUCCUAUGAUACAACAAACAAUUCUUAUGCACGCAAUACAGCUCGACAGCAGCAAUUACGAACAGUAACUUUUCCAAGAACACAAUUCAAUCAAAAUUUACCAAUCGCUGAAAUCGACGAGCUAAUUAAUAGUUUAUCUAUUAGAUUUCAAGUACAUGUCCCACGUGUAUUAAAACAACAUGAUUCAUUGAUUGAACAACACUCCAAGAAUAAUGUUGAUGAAAACAACAAUGAAGAAAAUGAUCAAAUGUCAAUUGAUAAAUUGCAGAAUGAUAUCAAUCAAGAUACAUCUAUGAAACAUGAAUUUGAUGAUCAUUUAUUAGACGAAUUAAAAUCACAACGAACUGAAUUCAUCCAAACUAUUGAACAGUUAAUUUCAGAAUUUCAUUUAAUAACAAAUGCACUAGAUGAUUUUUCAUAUACUGAACUUCAGCGAAUAUCAUCGCAAUUAAUACGUGAAUCGUCUCGUUUAAAAGCACAUUUACCUAUUUAUGCACACCGCACCACCAUAGUUGAACAAGUAAAAAAUAAUCAAGUUGUAAUAUUAAAAGGAGACACUGGGUCGGGAAAAAGCACACAAGUAGUACAAUAUUUAUGUGACGAAGGACUGGCUAAUGAAGGACAAAUAAUUUGUACUCAACCACGAAAACUGGCGGCACGUUCAUUGGCUAUUCGAGUUGCAGAAGAAUAUGGAUGUUCAAUCGGACAAGAAAUUGGUUUUUAUGUGGGUAAUAAUCGUAGAACUUCAUCUUGUACCAAAGUAAAGUUUAUGACUGAUUCAGUAUUUCUAAAUGAAUGUUUGCAUGAUUCCAUGUUAGAACAAUAUUCAAUUGUUAUUAUUGAUGAAGUUCAUGAACGCAAAGUUGAUACUGAUUUGAUUAUUGGAAUUAUGAAAACUUGCUUAAGACAAAGAAAAAAUCUGAAGGUAACGUUCAUAGUAAACUUAAAAAAGAGAAGAUCAAUAGUGUCCAUUAAAUUACUGACUGUUGUAUUUGACAAAGCUGUUGAUAUUAAUCCUGCGAUAGAACAGAAGAACACUGGUCUACCACUGUGUCCCGUCCGGCACGCCAAAAUGUCAGAGGUGGUCUUCAGCUGAGGUCAACUUUUCGCGUGAAUUCUUAGUUUAAUGCACAUCAGAAGUCAGCUUCGACAGUCAAAAUUGUUAGUAGUAGUGUUUAAAUUAAACCUGCAAAAGCUGACUUUUCUAAAAUUUUACUUUUCAGUAAAAAAGCAAAUCAAAAAUAUUUUCAAUAAAACCAGGAAACUGCUGAAACUUUUACCAGUCAUCAUGUGGAAUGCGUCAUGUUCUCUGUUCUUUUACAUCCUACGAGAGUAAAACCUUUUUGUCUAUCCUAUAUUUUUCUAUUUCUUUCUCUUCUCUGUCUAAAGUACAGAAAAGAAAGAAACAAAGACGUACGAUGUGAAAGUAUAUCACCGGACUUCGAAAUUUUCAGAUGCGAUUUGAGUCCGGAG